UUAAAAGUAGCUUGGGAGCAAUAAAGUCCGGUGACCUUUUCAUACCAAUAGCGCAAAUGUUUCUUUCCAACCUCGCUCGGCUUGCUCGCUUUUCGCCGCGACAUCCAAAUUCGACAACGACACCGAGCUGUCCACCCUCUGGAUUCUCCUUCUCCUUGUAUUGGAGCAGCUCGUAGGGAGAUAGAUAUUUUUAUUGCCAUCGUGAUUUUUACGACCCUUUCCUCUCUCCUCAAAAAGCUCAACCCGCGUGGCCCCGGUACGGUACCAUCCGCUACCUUCAAUCUCCUCUACCCAAAAUGGAGGCAUCAAGAGGCCCUCCGAGGGUCAAAAACAAGGCCCCGGCGCCACAGCAGAUAUCUGCUGAACAGCUCCUUCGAGAAGCUGUCGACCGACAAGAACCCGCCCUCCAAGCUCCUACGCAGCGGUUCGCCGAUCUAGAAGAGCUCCAUGAAUACCAAGGUCGGAAACGCAAAGAGUUCGAGGACUAUGUGCGGCGGAAUCGCAUUAGCAUGAACAACUGGAUGCGAUAUGCACAAUGGGAAUUGGAACAGAAAGAAUUCCGCCGUGCGAGGUCGGUGUUCGAGCGGGCCUUGGACGUUGACCCGACAGCUGUGGUAUUAUGGAUUCGUUACAUUGAAGCUGAGAUGAAGACGAGGAAUAUCAAUCAUGCACGGAACCUGCUUGACCGCGCUGUGACUAUUCUUCCCCGGGUGGAUAAACUUUGGUAUAAAUAUGUUUAUAUGGAAGAGAUGUUGGGUAACAUCGCGGGAACACGUCAAGUGUUUGAGCGCUGGAUGUCAUGGGAGCCCGAUGAAGGCGCCUGGGGCGCUUAUAUUAAGCUUGAAAAACGAUAUAACGAAUUCGAUCGGGUGCGCGCGAUUUUCGAGCGCUUUACUGUUGUUCACCCGGAGCCGAAAAAUUGGAUUAAAUGGGCACGGUUUGAGGAAGAGUAUGGAACAAGUGACUUGGUGAGGGAGGUUUACGGCCUGGCUAUCGAGACUCUGGGUGAAGACUUCAUGGAUGAGAAGCUUUUUAUCGCCUAUGCUCGAUAUGAAGCUAAACUGAAGGAGUUUGAGCGGGCCAGGGCGAUCUAUAAAUAUGCUCUGGACAGAUUACCACGGUCGAAAUCCAUGGCUUUACAUAAAGCCUACACCACCUUCGAGAAACAGUUUGGUGAUCGAGAUGGAGUUGAAGAUGUCAUUCUUGCGAAACGGAGAGUCCAAUACGAAGAACAGAUCAAAGAAAAUCCGAAAAACUACGAUAUAUGGUUUGACUUUGUUAGAUUGGAGGAGACAUCUGGUGAUGUGGACCGCGUGCGGGAUGUCUAUGAGCGCGCGAUUGCACAGAUUCCCCCAUCACAAGAGAAGCGACACUGGCGUCGGUACAUUUACUUGUGGAUAUUUUACGCUCUCUGGGAAGAACUUGAAACCAAGGACAUGGAACGCGCUCGUCAAAUUUACCAAGAAUGCAUAAAACUGAUCCCCCACAAAAAAUUCACAUUCGCGAAGAUCUGGCUGAUGAAGGCCCAAUUCGAAAUCCGGCAGAUGGACCUUCAGGCGGCGAGAAAGACCCUGGGCCAUGCGAUUGGUGCCUGCCCAAAGGACAAGCUAUUCAAGGGCUAUAUCGAUCUAGAACGACAGCUUUUCGAGUUUGUUCGAUGUAGGAAACUAUUCGAGAAGCAAAUCGAAUGGAAUCCUGCAAAUUGUCAAGCAUGGAUAAAAUUUGCAGAACUGGAGCGGGGGCUAGAUGAUAUUGACCGAGCACGCGCUAUAUAUGAGUUAGGCAUUUCCCAACCAGUCCUAGACAUGCCUGAGCUUCUAUGGAAGUCGUAUAUCGAUUUCGAAGAGUACGAGGGAGAGUACGAUAGAACUAGGAUGUUGUACGAACGCCUCCUUGAGAAGACAGACCACGUCAAGGUCUGGAUAAAUUACGCGCGAUUCGAAAUCAAUAUACCUGAAGGAGAAGAAGAGGAGGAAGAGGAAGAGGAAGAGAAACCGGUUAGCGAAGAGGCUAAGCGCCGUGCUCGGAAGGUCUUUGAGCGGGCGCAUAACGUAUUUAAGGAGAAGGAGAUGAAAGAAGAGCGAGUCGCUCUGCUUAAUGCAUGGAAGUCCUUCGAGCAGACGCACGGGUCACCGGAUGACAUCACCAAGAUCGAGCGACAGAUGCCCAGCAAGGUUAAGAAGCGACGCAAGCUGGAUGAUGAUCGCUAUGAAGAAUACAUGGAUUACAUGUUCCCCGCAGACGACGAGUCGUCGGCCAAGUUGUCGCAGAUUCUGCAGAGAGCACACCAAUGGAAGAAACAGCAGGCGAGCAGUAUGGGCAAAGGAGAGGCAUGAAGGCACAUUUGGCGGGAAGAGUUUUAGUUGGAUGGACGUGUUUUGUUUCUAUUAUUCAAAAUUGUUUAGCGGGCCGUUCUUUAUGGGUAACCUCUCAAGGCGUAUGUAGCCUGUGUUGUUGAGUUCUUUUUAUUCCGAAAAGUAAAGGACAAUAUGUCAAUGUUAUGUUCCUCCAUCACAUCACUUUUUACUCACAUCAGUCUAAUCAUCAUCCAUCGGCCACCCAUCAUCUCAGACCUUUCGAAAAUUCAUCAAUUCCGUCCAUCUAUAAAAACUCCUUUUCUCAACAUAUGUACAGUACAACCAACUACAAACUCACACUAUGAUCAAAAUGCCCCAUCCCAUUCCAACCAACGUUUCUUGAAGCUCAUCCUUCACUGCAACAUUUGUCGUAAAAGAAAUUACCCCGUCCCCCGCAAUCCUGCCAAUGACGCCAGUAAUCCGUCGCUUCAUCAAACACCGGUUGGAGGUUGAGUGCUCAGGAGGAGGAGGCGCCCGGCUAUUCUAUGGACGUGUGACUUAAAACCACUCACUAGCAUUUAACACACUCACACCACCCACCCCACCCCACCCAGCUUUAACCAACCAACCAACCCAACGAAACGAAACGAAACGAAACGAAACG